AUGGGCUCUAGCAUCUUCGAGCUAGGAAGUUCGUCUUGUUUUUGUGUUUUCCAGUAUCCCGACAAAGCUCCAGAAAUCGCCAUCAGGAACCCACGGGGGCUGUCAGAUGAGCAAAUUCAAAAGAUUUCACAGACCCUGGGACAUGUUGCUGAAGCCAGACUGGGGACAGAGGUGCUAUACGAGCUGAUUGAGAAGGGGAAGGAGAUUCUCACUGACAACAACAUUCCCCAUGGCCAGUGUGUGAUCUGCCUCUACGGAUUCCAGGAGAGAGAAGCCUUCACAAAGACCCAGUGCUACCACUACUUCCACUCCCACUGCCUGGCCCGCUAUGCCCAGCACAUGGAAGAGGAGGUCCUCAUGCAGCAGGAGGAGAGGGAGCAGCACCUGGCACCUUCCCCCAAACAGGAAGUCGGUGUGCAGUGCCCUGUCUGUCGGGAAACCCUCGUCUAUGAUCUCUGUGCUCUGAAGGCAGCACCGCCCCCGCAGCACCCGCUGGAGCCAUACAGGCCGGAUGCCAAGACACUGCAGCACCAAGAAGAACUGCGCUUAAUCUUCAAGAGGCAGCAAGAGAAGGGGGGCAUUAUUGACCCUGAAGCAGAGAGAAACCGUUACUUCAUCAGCCUCCAGGCGCCUCCAGCUACAGUUGAUCCAGGCCAAACAGCCUCAGCUUCUGAGCCGCAGGCGACUGCAAGCGCUGUGGAUUCACCCCAGCCACCCUGCCAGCCCUCAGCUCCAGAGCCAGCCAGGUCUCCAGAGGCAAGGGCAGAAGCCAGGCAGCCUGAGAGACCAGCUGUGCCCAGGGAGCAACAGAGCAAGCGAGAGAGGCUCAGAGGGGAGAGGCUGGGCCUCAGAGGCCAGGGCAGGCAGUUGUGCAGCGAUGCGCAGAGAGCGGCAGAGGAACCCUGUCAUCUGCUCCAUGGCCCCAGGGGGUCCAGGGGCUUCAGCCAGAGACCAGAGCGGAGGGAGGAGAGGAGCCAAAGAUCUGGUGGGAGGCACAGCCAGGAGUUUCCGAAGCCUCACAGCAGAAACAGGGCUGCAGCCCUGGCUGAAAGAAAGGAGUUGUGCCCUGAAGACCCCUCACCGGUAACAGGGACAUUGGACUUGAAGGAGGAUUACCACAAUGUGGGGAGAUGGACCCCGGAGCAGGGGGCUGAGUGCCAGGGCAAUGAGGAGAACCCAGCACUUAACCACGGCGACCACAGAGCAGCCCCUAGCUGGCAGGGCCACCACAGGCCCUGGGAUUGUGGGAGGUGGGAGAGGUCCAGGGUCCAGGAGCGUGGCUCCUACCCCAGAGCACCAAGAGGGCGAGGGGUGUUCAGGCCUGGUGGACGUCGAGAAGCCCAUCUCCUCGAAAAAGAGAGCGGCUCCUAGCAGGACUGGUGAGGGGCUGGGCUAGGGGAGGGAAAGGGCUGUUUUGGGGGAGAACAGUGAAGGUUCUGGUGGAGCAGUAGCAAGCAGACACCAUGCCCCUCGGAAAGGAGGAGGCCCAUCCUGGAUUCCCACCGCAUGGCUUGGGGCGGUUGGUACAUGGCGCAGCUUGGGCAAGGUAAUGACUCUAGGGCAUAUGCGCAGAGUGAAGCGUUCUAGCGUGGCUGCCUGGUGUGAGCCGUCACCAGCGUUGGAGAAGCUAACUCCUGACAGUCAUGGCAACCUUGGUCUCAGAGGAUGCAGAGGGCAUGGGAAGCCUUGACCAGGGACUAGCACCCACCGUGCAUGAGCUGGCAAAAACAGCGCCUGCAGAGCACGUGGAUUGGGCUCAGCAUGCUGCCACAGCAGAGCCAGAGUUUUGGUAGGACCUUCCCUGCAACUGAGCAUCCCUGUAGAGCACGGUGGCACUAAGCAGUGAGGUUGUACUAGAGCAGCAGCCUGGACCUCAGCUUGCUGCAUCCUCAAAUGCUUUUUGGAGCAUUUUCUCAACCUGCUCUUUCUUGUCACAACGUUGCUUCUCCCCCAGCCCUGACCUCCACUCAGGUGAUGGGCUUGGCCAGACAGCCCAGGCAAGUCCUUUGUACAACAGGAUGCUUCCAAAUUGCAGCCAGGAUAGCUAAGUUAGGCCUAAGCCAGCACGUUGGCAGGUCAGGGCUGUCCAAUGAACAAGGCUUUGGGCUGGCUUCUGCUCCCCCAAGAAGUCUGAAUUUAGCUGGAGCUUCUGCGCUGUCCUUCAGCUGCCUUUUAGCAGUGGCUGCAUUGGAGAGACUUAGGAAAGUGUUCUGUUCUGUGUCCUGUAUAUUUCUGUUAGGGUCCCUUUCUAAGCCUAGGCCAUCCUUUGGAGCUCACAGAGGCCCAGAGUGAAGACAGGUCCCAGUACUUUGGAUUUUCUUACCUCCUUUCAUCUUCUCCUCAUGCUGCUCUUGCUUUAAAGAAAUGAGGAUUCGCUCUUUAUACUAACAUGUCCCUGGUGCAGUUCCUUCUACUGGUGCUUCACAGAUUUAAACUGUGUCCAACUCCAGAGACAUGAUGGGAGAUCCCAAGUCUCUGGAGUGGGACGUUGCUACAAAAUUAAUGCAUUGGGUCUUCUUUCAAACCUGUUCCCUUCGUAUUCUCUGCCCUCUUUUUUUUUUUUUUUUAAACUGUUUGGCACCCAGUGUUGUCUCUGGUAUUGCUCCCUUCCCCUCUUUCCCAUGUGCUGGUGUCUCCCCUUACCCAGAGCCAGGGCAGAGACCUUCCCCUGGGCACUCCUGAGUGGUAGGAGAGCUUUCCUGCUCCCAGUUUUGUCUGGCUCGGUGUAAGCUGUCCAGUCAACCCAGAUAACACUGAUUUGUUCACACUUGUUUGUGCCUUGUGCCCCUGCAUGCACCUUUUUGGCUCUAUGGGGGCUAUUACAGUCUUCCUCUUCUUGCUGAGCUUUCUUUGAAUAGUGCAGAAAUCACCAUGCUUUGGAUUUACCAAGGCUUCCAAUGCAAUCACUAGGAAAUCAACAUCUGUCUCCAGACUGGGAGAGCAUUUGCCUCACUUUGCCUUUCAGAUCCUUUCUCACAUAAACAGUGCACAAAAGCCUUUUCCUGAAUGGGUCCUCCUGACUGCCUGCUCUGCUCGCUGCCCUCCUAGCCUUUUCCUGAUGAUGCUGGUUUAACCUACUGCCUAAUGUUUGGGUGAUGGUUUGGUUG